CCCCGUGGAGCUCCGUGCCUCGAAGCCGCCCUUUCCGUCACUGUCCCCGGGCAGCAGGCUCUCUUCGGUCCUCGUCCGCCGCCCAGUGAGGCUGCGGAGAGGCCGGCCAGCGCUCCCGCAGCAGCCUGCUGCCAGCCUUCUUCGAGGGCAGCCCCGCGCCUGGCAGGAAGGAGCAGUCUUGGCCCAGACCCGUUCGGCCCGGCACUGCGAUGAGCUUCUUUGGCUUCGGACAGAGCGUGGAGGUGGAAAUCCUGCUGAACGAUGCGGAGAGUAGGAAGCGGGCGGAGCACAAGACCGAGGACGGGAAGAAGGAGAAAUAUUUCCUGUUCUACGACGGGGAGACUGUCUCUGGGAAAGUGAGCCUUUCACUGAAGAACCCCAACAAGCGACUGGAGCACCAGGGCAUCAAAAUCGAGUUCAUUGGGCAGAUUGAACUCUACUAUGACCGUGGGAACCACCAUGAGUUUGUAUCUUUGGUAAAGGACUUGGCUCGGCCGGGAGAGAUCACGCAGUCACAGGCCUUCGACUUUGAGUUUACUCAUGUGGAAAAGCCAUACGAGUCUUACACUGGGCAGAAUGUAAAGCUACGGUAUUUCCUUCGAGCCACCAUCAGCCGCCGCCUCAAUGAUGUCAUCAAAGAGAUGGACAUUGUAGUUCACACACUGAGCACAUACCCAGAGCUAAACUCAUCCAUCAAGAUGGAAGUUGGGAUUGAGGACUGCCUACACAUUGAGUUUGAGUAUAAUAAAUCCAAAUACCACUUGAAAGAUGUCAUUGUAGGGAAGAUAUAUUUCUUGCUGGUGAGAAUCAAAAUCAAGCACAUGGAGAUAGACAUCAUCAAACGGGAAACAACAGGCACAGGUCCCAAUGUGUACCACGAGAAUGACACAAUAGCCAAGUAUGAGAUCAUGGAUGGGGCACCAGUGCGAGGAGAGUCCAUCCCGAUCCGUCUCUUCCUGGCGGGAUAUGAGCUUACACCCACCAUGCGGGACAUUAACAAGAAGUUCUCUGUGCGCUAUUACCUCAACCUGGUGCUUAUAGAUGAGGAGGAACGGCGCUACUUCAAGCAGCAGGAAGUGGUAUUGUGGCGGAAAGGUGACAUCGUACGGAAGAGUAUGUCCCAUCAGGCAGCCAUGGCUUCACAACGCUUCGAAGGCACAGCCUCCCUGGGUGAGGUGCGGACGCCGAGCCAGCUGUCUGACAGCAACAGCAGGCAGUAGGCCCCUGGGCCAAGAAGUUGCUGGGGUCCCACCCCAGCACCCAGUCUACCAAACACCAGAGGCUGGGAGAGGGGGACUACAGUGUGGCAGUCAGCUGAUUAUUACUUGCAACCUUGAAAACAAAUCAUGUUUGUUACUUAAAUUCUUUUCACUGAAGAACCUAAGGGGUUUGUGUUGAGCAGCAGUCUCCUUGGUAUUCUGCAGCCAAGAUGGGGAAUAGGGAAUCAUCUUGGAAGUUAUAUUCUUCCUUGGGAAUCAGAGCUGUCUGUCAAGGCUGUCUCAAGCCUUAGAGGGUCUUUGAGGAGAGCCAAGAGCACACUUCCUUGGCUCCUGCAUCUCUGGGUUCCUGAUAAUAGAACCUGAGCAUGCCCUGGGUAGUACUCCCUUUGACUGUCCCUGAGGUAGUAGCAGAAUUUGCUGGGCCUCUCUCAUGCUAAACUGGGGGAUCAAGAUCCAGGAGCUCUCUCUCUGGGAGUCUAGAAUGUGGUGCUUUGAAAUUUCCAUAGCCACCCUCAGCCUCUCACUGCUGAGACCAGACACCUCCCUUAUUCAUCUUCUCCAGCUUAUCAGAAAAGUUCUGGAGUAGAAAGGACUUGAGACUGACUAUAUCCUCAUCCAUAAAAAAUAUGUGGGCACUGAGAAGCCUUGGAACUAGUGUCACACACGGAUGGCCAGGGGGCUGAGCCAACUCCAUUGAAGCAGAAGGAUCAGGCAAGCAACUAUCUGCCUUCACAUUACUCCAUUUGACAACCCUGAAGUCAGGAUUGUUCUGGGGAAUCGAUGUAAGUGCCCCAGUAAGCCCUAAGCAAGAGAGUCUGUUUCCUUUAGCAUAUGCCCUGGGAAGGGGCUAGAAUUUUUUAGCCACUCCAGUAGUGGUCUCUCAUCACUCCUUGCUUCAGACACUUGGAGGUUUUGUUUUUAGCUUCCACCCCCAAACCUCUCUACCCCUGUAUGUACAAGCUAAGGGAGGGAGAUGGGCCCCUGCAGCAGUUUCUGCUACCACAGCUUUAGAAUAACUGCUUACCCAGUUGUCAUCAGUUCAUUUACCCAAGUUUAGAAUAAGUGAUAUUUUCUGUUUAAAAAUGCAAGUAGGAAAACACUUGGGGAUGUUGUUCUGCUAAAGAAGAGGGGGUUCUCCCUCUUGCUCUGUGCUUGGCCUGAAGUAGUAAAUGUCUACUGUUUUUUUCUGUGUCAUCUGGGAAUGACCAGGAAGCAAUACCUCUAGGCCUCUCUCACCUUUAUAGAAAGACCAACCAGGCCCUACAUCCAACAAGUACUAUAUCUAGUAGUCUGAAUUCUUGGUAAUUUGGAAAGUAGAGGAUGUGGUUCCUGUGUCAUCUUUCUUUUAGUCUAGAAAUUGGGACUAUUCCUCAGAAAUCAGUAUAGUCUUAGGAUUGACUGAGCAGUUUAUGGAGCAGAGGUGAUGGAAUGAAAAUUACUUAAUGUGACAUGAGAGGUUGAAUGGGGGCAGCAGUACCAAGGAAGGUAAACUUAUUUCUUCCAUGCCAGAUCCCCAAGUUGUGUGAUAUACAGUCCCCAUGGGAACAAGCUGACCCCUCCAGCUGCACUACAAGGCCCUGCAUAGAAAGGGAGGCAAGGUUCUGUGCUUUUGCCUUUUUCAGGGUGUGAAGAUAGAUCUGGUGUGCCUCCUUUUAAUAGCUAAUAAAAGCAUUUGUCAAUUCUCUGCCUCUUACUUGACCAUGCAAAUUCAUUUUCCAACUUUGCUAACAUCGUAAGCCUUUUUUUUUCCCCUGGGAGAACUAGGUCAGAUUUGCUUAGUUUCUCUCAGGGACUGUGCAUAAAGCAGGUCCCCCCCCCCCCACUUAACUCCGCCCUCAUUCUCUAUUCUCUGCCAACUGUGAAAGUGUGGGGAAGCUUCCAUACCCCUCCUGUAAGGUUCCCAAACCUGGAGUGCAUAGGUACUAAACCAAGCAGUGCAACUUGUAAUUACGAUGCUGCAGUGUUUACAUGUUUCUUAAUGUGUUGUCUUUUCAAUGGCUGUAUUUUAAAAGAACUUUUGUUUUAAUGGUCUCUCUAAUUAAAGAAAGCCCCUGUGUCUUUGGAGGCAUUGUACCUAUGGUCCACCAA